AUGGCAGGGCAAUCCAAAGAAGCUCCCCUUCCGCCAUGGGGUUUCGCGCUUGCUGGCGCUGCCGGCGCAGUUUUGGCAAAUGCAGCAGCGUAUCCUUUAGAUAUUGUGAAAACCCGCAUCCAAGUUCAAGCAAAACAAGUCUCCACUUCUGUAGACGGCAAUGCGGAUCCUCACUACGAGUCAACCCUUGAUGCGAUUUUGAAAAUUGUUGAACGGGAGGGCGUACAAGGACUCUAUUCCGGCAUGAAUGGGUCACUCAUCGGAACAGCAGCUAUGAACUUUGCAUAUUUCUAUUGGUAUUCAAUCAUUCGCAGCAUCUAUUUCUCUUCAAAACGUGUGCCUAUUCCACCGAACACCGCGAUUGAACUCUCCCUAGGCGCUCUCGCUGGUGGCGUCGCGCAGGUCUUCACCACUCCUUUGGGUGUCAUUACUACCCGACAGCAGACACAGCUGGCGGGAGAAAAUAAGGGCAUGGUCUCUACAGCCAAGGAGGUGAUCAAUGGCGAAGAUGGCUGGACAGGACUUUGGCGAGGACUGCAAGCAAGUCUGGUGUUGGUGAUUAACCCAUCCAUUACAUACGCUGCCUAUCAGCGUCUAAGAGCAGCAAUGUUCCCGAACCAGAAGAAUCUCAAACUUUGGGAAUCAUUUGUUCUCGGUGCUGCAUCAAAGGCAAUCGCGACCAUCAUUACGCAACCUCUCAUUGUUGCCAAAGUCGGGUUACAAUCCAAACCCCCGCCAGCUAGGAAUGGCAAGCAAUUCAAGAGCUUCAUCGAGGUCAUGCAAUACAUCAUCGCCAAUGAAGGACCGUUGGGCCUUUAUAAGGGUUUGAUGCCCCAGCUCACCAAAGGUCUUCUCGUUCAAGGCUUGUUGAUGAUGAUUAAAGAAAGGGUUGAACUCAUAUUCAUUCUGCUAUACCGUUAUCUGCGCCAGCUUCGUUCUGUUAGACUCAAGAGAGCUGCCGAUGCCGCGGCCUUGCAGGCAAAGAAAGUCCUGCCUGUGGUUACGAAGCCGUGA